UUUAUUUGGAAUUUUGGCAAAUGAGAGUAUUUUUGUAGCAUUUUCCCUUGAAUUUGAGUAUAUCUUAAAUUAAAUAUUGAGGGAACAAAAGGAAAAAGAAAUUUUUUAAAACCACCUUCACCUGUUCUCUCAUUGGCCGUCAGAAUCAUGAACUCCAACGAGCAUAACCCGAUGGAGCACUGGCUCGGGGAAAACAUCUCUGAUGCUCCAACCUACGCCACUAACGGCAAAAUCACGCUACUCACCAUUGAAAUCCUCUUCUCCGUACUCAUCUUUAUGGUCUUCUCCUACCUCUACGAUCAAUGGUAUGCCACCCGCUCUAGGAGUCACCGCCCUACAAUGUUUUUCUUCGCCGCCACCGAUCCUUGUCAUACCGCCUCACGCGGUCUAGAUCCCGCCGUCUUGAAUUCUCUCCCCGUUUUCACUUUCUCCGACGCGGCGACUCACAAGGAUCCGGUAGAUUGCGCCGUUUGUCUCUCCGAGUUCGAGGACGGCGAGUCGGGUCGGGUUUUGCCCGGUUGUAAACACGCGUUUCAUGUGGAAUGUAUUGACAUGUGGUUUCACUCUCACUCAACCUGUCCUCUCUGCCGCUCUCUCGUCGUCGUCGAGGAGCCUCACGCAACGACGACGGUGGAGGAGCAAGUCACGAUCAUGAUCGCGAUUUCUCCUGAACCGGGAUCUGGAUCUUCUGCGAUGCCGCCGUUGGAUGAUUUAGGGAGAGAACCAGCGGCAAUUGAGACCAAUAGGAGGAGUUUCAGCGAGUUCGGAGAAGACGAUUUGACACGGAAUCACUCGCCGAUGAAUCGGAUGUUAUCGUUUACUCGGAUGUUGAGCAGAAAAGGAAGAAGCGCCCCGUCUUCUUUUGCUGGAGCUCCUUCCUCAAGCUGCCAGGUAGUGAUGAACGAGUCGGAUAUUGAGCGGGGAGGAGACGAGAUUAAAAGCGAUUUCCGCCACGUGGAUGUUCCUUAG